GGAUUUGACAUCCAAGACGUGUCUCCUGCAAAUGCGACGAGAUGAAAGCUAACGUUGGUUAUCUUUUUAAACUUCCAAUACCAGCUACCAGUCCGCUUUCUUAGUUAUCUUUAGAGGGUUUUUUUUCCCGGUUAGAGAAUUUGUGUAUUUGUUUGGUAGGAAAGCCUGUAAUUGUGACAAAGACUUCAACUGCAGUGAUAAUGGAUUGAUCCAUGCUGCCAAGAAUGGAUUGAGCUGCGGAAGCUAAGCUAGCGUUAGCCGGCUAGCCAUGGAGGGAGAUAGAGGAGCUUUUGACUUUGUAUUGUUGGCCUCUGUUCCGUAAAAUGAGUUGAUAUAAGUUAGACACCGUCCAAAACUAUUCAGUCCACGCAUGUAAUUCUUAUUAAAGUGCGCCAGUGCUAUGCUGCGCACACGCCCUGAAUAUGUCAGCUGUCCUGCACAUACCGCAGCUACCCAGUUGGCUGUCAUUACAUAGGUCCCAUCCUACUCAGAUGCUAGAUUUUUCACUCUGCAGCCAAACACACAGGCUGGGCUGGUCUUUAAUACACUAAAUUAAAACUAGGUCAUUUUAAAGAUUCAAAUGUCGAGGUUAUGUGAAACCUGCUCCCAUCAAACUAGAAUCAGGUCUAACUAGUUUCAGAUUUACUUUAGUCUGACAUUUAUUUACUUCCACUUGAAAGGUUUAGAUAACACUUUACGUAAGCACCGGUCAGUGCUGUCAAGUUAGACUAGUAGGUGAUCCCUCCUCAGUUGUAUGGGAAACAGUUCUGGCUGUAGCAGGACUGUUUUAGGUCAGCCAUGGGAGGUUCGGUGUCUUGCUGCAUCUCUCCUGGAGAGAGUCCCAAGAUCCACAGGAGAGAGGUGGAGCUGGAGGAGUAUCCCAUCACCACCACUGAGGACGUGAGCGAAGACACUGGGACCUACCUGCAGCACAUCAGUGACAGGGAGCUCCCAGACGAACUGGCUCAAGAGGCCAACCCAUCAGACCACCCAAGAGCCAGCACGCUCUUCCUCAACAAGUCGCAGACAGAUGUUCGUGAGAAAAGGAAAAGCAACUACAUGAAUCAUACAUCCCCAGGACUCCUGACAAAAAAGUACAGUUCCUGCUCGACAAUAUUCAUCGAUGAUAGCACAGUCAGCCAGCCCAACCUCAAGAGCACGAUCAAAUGCGUCGCACUGGCCAUAUACUAUCAUAUAAAAAACAGAGAUUCAAACCGCUCGCUGGAUAUAUUUGAUGAGAAGAAGCACCCUCUGUCGCGAGAAAAGGUUCCAGAUGACUACUCUGUGGUUGACCCAGAACACAAACUCAUCUACCGCUUUAUAAGAACACUCUUCAGCUCUGCUCAGCUCACUGCUGAAUGUGCCAUCGUCACUCUGGUGUACCUGGAAAGGCUGCUGACUUAUGCUGAGAUGGACAUCUGUCCUUGUAACUGGAAGCGCAUUGUUCUCGGUGCCAUCCUGCUGGCUUCCAAGGUCUGGGACGACCAGGCUGUGUGGAAUGUUGACUACUGCCAGAUCCUGAAAGAUAUCACCGUGGAGGACAUGAACGAGAUGGAGCGUCACUUCCUGGAGCUGCUCCAGUUCAACAUCAAUGUCCCAGCCAGUGUCUACGCCAAGUAUUACUUUGAUCUGCGCUCACUGGCUGACGACAACAACCUCAGUUUCCCACUGGAGCCACUCAGCAACAAGCGGGCCCAAAAACUAGAGGCCAUCUCCAGGCUGUGUGAGGACAAGUACAAGGACCUGAGUAAAUCUGCUAUGAGGAGGUCUGUCAGCGCAGACAACCUGGUUGGUGUGAAGAACUCCCAGGCUGUGCUUUCUUAAGUCUAAGACAGCCAUCUGAAAUCUGGCGAGGAGGUGGUGGACCGACGGAGUCAGAGUGAAGCUACAGGAUGUGAUGCCACACACAAGAAGUUCAUCAAGAGACAUUUCCAAAAUAGAUUACAUUAAUAUUAGUAACUGAAAAGUUUCAUCACAAAAUGUUAAAUGUCAACUUUGGGGAAGAACAGAAAAAAAUAAUAAGUUUACCAUCAGUAUCUCUAAAAUAUAAUGGAUCCUGUCUCUAUGUGUUCAUUACAAAGAACUUCAGGUAUCUGCCUUUAAAGCAUGGUAAUUUGGUGACUGUCAUGUUUUUAUUUCAAAUUGUGGAUGCCUAACUUUGGAAGGAAUUAGCAUGAAAAUGCUUCCUGUUGCCACACAAAUUGAGGACCUCUUCUUUUUUUUUUUCCUUUCAUCACUCAUCACUCUUUUGGGGAGUAUUUUCUCUGGCUUUGGCCCUCUUCUCUCCACCAGCUGUAUCCCCUCUCCUUUAUUCAGACAAUGACAAACUGUCUUGAACUACCCUGUGGUGUAGUUCUGCACAUGGACAAAGAGUAGACUUUGUUUUGCUUACUAUGUAGGCUCCUAUAGCUGUGAAAUGUACGAGACUUUAUUUAAUUCAAAAAUAAAUUUCAGUCGCCGUUUGAAGUUGAGGCUGCUUAGGUGGGAA